AUGGAAAAAAUUACGAAAUUGCCUUUGAGUUUUCUACAAAGCUUAGGGGAUACAUAGCCAUUAAUAGAAGAAGAAGAAAUGAUUCCGAUUUAGUUAAAGAAUAAUAGAUUUAAUCAUUAGAAACCUCUAAGAUGUGUCUCUCCUUUUGAAAAAAAGUCAAAAGCUACCAAAAAAAGAUGUGGUCAUGUAAUCCUAACAGAUUAACUUCAUUAGUGGAAUAACUUUCUACAUUAAAAGUUUCAAAAAGGGAAUUGA